UUUGUCCCCUCUGCGCCUUGCCCAAUGCCCUUCUUUACACGACUAUCUGCGCAUCUGAAAUGUCAUUCCUUUUUCCUCUUUGAGAGAUUUCGUCGAACAGUCGGUGCUCUCUCUCAGAUGACGAUCUAACGACCUCUCUUGUCUCUUCGAGUUAUGUGUGAGAGAGCGACAUGGAAGGAGCGGAGCUUGAACUCGAGAGAAGAAGCAAGUUCUUGAGCAGCUUGAUUCAGAAGAAGAAGGCCAAAGAACAGCAGGAGCAUAACGACCAGUUCAAUGUCCGAGUUAGGGCUUCCGAUAUGCCUCUCGCUCUGCAAAACAGAGCCUUCAGGUGCGCUCGUGACCAUUUGGACGCCAUGCCCGGAAAGCUUGACAGCAAACGCCUCGCCCUCGCCCUCAAAAAGGAAUUCGAUACGGCAUACGGGCCGGCAUGGCACUGCAUUGUAGGAACAAGCUUCGGUUCAUAUGUCACUCAUUCUAUAGGCGGCUUCCUGUACUUUCAGAUCGACAAGGUUUACGUUCUUCUCUUCAAGACUACGGUGGAGCCUUUAGACCGCCUGUGAGAUGAAUUGAUCCACACGAGAGAUUGCAAAGCCCCCUGAAAAAAAAAAAAUAGCCCUUUGUGACUUCUUUCUGUACCCAUACACUCUGCUAAAACCGAGAUGGCUGAGUUGGUAAUCUCCAGAGAACAAGAUCGAGAUCCAACUCAGAAAGGGGGAUUCUCCUCUGUGUGUCUGUGUACUGUAAUUAGCCCACAUCUUCUGUUGCAUUUGUUUCUAUGAUUGAUGAUGACACUACCUCUUAAAGCAAGUUCUCUCUUCUUUUU